AUGAAUCUCAAACCUGAAUUCCUUUCAGCUCCCAAUGCAAUGCGAUGUUUCAUAUUCAAACAAACGACAUUUCAACGACAAAUAAAAGAACUGCCCCCAAGUGGGACACACCCUGCUCCUCUUUCUGCUACGAGCUUCCUCGAAAGAGCGGAGUGUUUUCAGGCUUGUCACUUCACUUCUGGAUGUCAGUCAGUGCGAUUUGACAGCGGUUUAUGCCAGCUAUACGAUUCCUCAGAUCUUGGACAAAAUGGAGAUGAUAUCUUUGUUGUCAUUAAAAAUGAAUCCUAUUCAGAAGUCAACGAUUUAACAACCUCUAGAUGCACAAGGAAUGGUUACAUUUACGACAGGACUUUCUCUAUAUGUUACAAACCGGACAUUACUCUAGCCAAUAAUACAUACGCCCACCAGCUGUGUAGUCAGUCCGGGGGUAGACUCAUGGUAGUGGACUCAUUAGAAAAACAAAACUUGAUAGAAAGUAUCACAUUUCCCACAGGCACUGGUGUCAGCAAUUUCCGCAUUGACGCAUUUAAAUCUGGCGGAAUAUGGAGGUUUGCAGAUGGAAGGGUUAUAAACUCCUUUUACUGGGGUACUGGGCAACCAGACAAAGGAUAUACAACAAUCUGCAUCGAUAUGAUAACACACAAAUGGAACGACGUUCAUGUAAACUACAACCAUGCUAUAUUAUGUGAAAAAGCCUUAUAA